GUCGCUGAAGUAGGCGUGGCACAUCGUAUGAGCUGCUGGGUUAUCAAGCACAAGUCGCACUGCCACCAGGGCCACCACAGUCUACGUGAAAGCAGAUAUCGACCCUUUUUGAGAGGAGUGUUGUUCGGAAGCCUGAAGAGCCCGCUGAAAAUCUCUUAUCCGGGACUCGCCGAGCUGCAGCCCACUCGGAAGAAGCCGUCCAUCGAGUAGCACGCACGAUGAAGGUAGAGGCAGUCGGCCAGAAGAGAUACACCUUGGGCGAGGGACCCCACUGGGACGAGCGCAGUGGAACGCUGCUGUUCGUCGACGGUCAUGGAUGCCAGAUAUUCCGUUAUGACCCAGAGUCCAGAUCUGAGACGGAGGUCGUGCGCCUCGAGGACGAGAUCGGCAAUUUCAUCCCUUAUGCCGAGGACAACCGCAAGCUGGUCGUCUGCAUGGGCCGUGGCGUCUACAGGCUAGACUUGGACACCAUGGAGAAGACGCUGCUCACAGAGAUGCUUGACGAAGAAUCGCCGGUGCCCACGCGCAUCAACGACGGCAAGUGCGACGCCGUUGGACGCCUCUGGGCUGGCUCGAUGCCGGUGAAAAUCGACACUCUCGACGUUGAAGGCAUGGCCCGCGGAAAGAAUAACCUCUGGUCCUUCUCCAAGGGUCAGCUGAACCACAAAAUGGACAAAGUCAAUCUGUCCAACGGGAUCACCUGGGCGGGCGAUAACAGAACAAUGUUCUACAACGACAGCGUGCCCGGCACAACGUACGCCUUCGACUUCGACGUCGCUUCUGGAGACAUCAGUAACAAGCGCAUUCUCUUGGACUUCAAGGCGACUCCAGGAUUUCAAGAGCUGGGCCAUCCCGAUGGCAUGACGAUUGAUGUCAAUGACAAGAUCUGGCUCACGUGCUGCCUAUCCGGCCUGGUGCUUCAGGUGGACCCAGAGACAGCUAAAAUACUGACAAAGGUCAGCUUCCCGACAAAAUACACUACGUCGUGCUGCUUCGGAGGUCGGAACUACGAUACGCUCUACGUCACGUCUGCCAACUUCCCACCGGAUGCGACCCAACACGAAGAUGGCCUCCUUUACCAAGUCACUGAGCUCGGUGUUAAAGGAAGAGCAGCUUUCGAGUUCGCUGGCUAGUGGCUCUUCCUCUUCAAGCCUGAUUUCUUCAAGCACUUGGUUGGUGAUUGGUAUGGCAUCCACAGGAAGCUUGUGACAUACCUAGAAAUAAUUGUGCGAAACAUUAAACAGCACAGGAAAGCAAUAA